AUGGUGUGGAGGCUUCCUCACAUGGGCCUGACCACUGGUCACUCCAUCUCCAGCCCCCUCCCUACUCCAGGGAAGUUCCGAGGCUCUAAUCCUGGCUCGGCCUUCCCAGCAACCAGACUCAUCCAGGAUCCACCCAGUCACCUCAUCAUCACGUGGGAAUUUACAAGGGUUUCAGGAUCCCUGUCAGGAGCUGGGGCGGGGGGCAGUGUGAAGACUAACAUGCAUGUUUUCUGUCACCGCACACCUGGCCUUGGCGGGUCAACCAGGAUGAAGGGAAUAUGUUCCUGCGUCUGGGAGAGUCCAGUGCUGUGA